UUUGUAUGUGGGGAGCUGAAGCUAGCAGUGCGUGCAAGGCGGUGGAAGGAGCGACGGACUGAUAGUACUAUGGACGAGGUUGACGUGGAUUCGAUACUGCACGAGGUGGCGCUUUCUCUGCCGUCCGUACAGGUGCCUCAGUCGUUGCAACCGCUAUACAGGCUAUUCUAUUUAGUGCGCAUUUGUAUACAUCCUCGAUCAGCUGUCUGCCUCUGUGAAGUAGCCGGCUACACCCUCAGACGAAUAUCGUGCCACUGGAAACACUUGUCCGUCAAUCUGUGGUUGUGUUUGCAUGUAUACAAGCAUAGGAAGAAGGUGUUCUGCCUGAGGAGAUGGAUAAAGGGGAAGAGGGGGAAGAAGAGGGUGGGGAGGUUCCUGUCUUUAGUCGGGCAAACCACUUCCGCUCACUGGGAAUCUAUGAAACCGACACCACUUUUGGGACAAUGAGUGGCGGUGUUGACAUUGAAACACAGGGCGGGGACACGGAUAUCCCUGCAGACAGGAAAACAAACAAUGCCGGUUUUGAAUCACGGACCGGGAAACAAGGCGGAAUUGAAACCAGUGAGCGUCUGGUUCCCGAUCCAAGAGGUUGCGGGGACACGGAAUGGCACCAGUUCAAGAGUGACUUCAUGCAGCGGCUGGAAGACCAGGGUCUGGAGAAGGUGAAGGAGGAUCAGGCGAGCCCCGAGAAUCGCCUGCCACUCGAGGCUCUCUCUGAACUACUCUCAAAUGCCGUUGUUAAUCCAGACCCCAUUAUCCCACAAGUCACUAACCUUCACGAGGAUGGGGGCACUCAGUCCAACGAACGGGACGGAGAAGACAGACAGGGACCUGCAGGAGCCGAUGAUACACAAACAGCCAGAAGUACCGACAACCAUAGUGGCAUCCUCUCCACUGAUCUUCUAGCAGAGAUCAACGUGGCAGCUCUCGAUAGGGCACUCCAGCUUGUAGAUGCUGAAGGAGUCAGCGGAACUUCGAACGAAUCUGAAGCAAAUCAUCAUCGUCAGCCUAAGACUGCCUGGGAAGAAAGUGAGGGUGGUACCCCUGACCUAAUGAACCAGUUAGCAGAACUCAAAAAUGGCAUAGAGUUGCAAACAAAGGAGAGGAGGACGAUGUGCAAGCGACAGUCGAGUGAACCGACACUGCAUGGUGUUCCAACAGAGACUGGCGGACACAAGAAGUCUGGCGGGAGUGAAAGUGAAGAGAAAACGGUCUACAUUGAUCUCAGACAGCCAACACCAAGGAUUGCUGCACUGCCGUCCCAGAGCCAGUCUGUUUCCGAAAGUGAGGAGAGUGACGACCAAACAUCGUGGGCUCAGAAACGCAGAGAAAUCAAGUCUUCACUUUCACCCACCUCCCUAGGGCCAGAGAGAGUGGUGGAGAUAGCUGGUGGGAGUCCCAACCACACUUCCUUGCCUUUAAAACCACCACAGCCUCCAAACUCCCCCCAGGAACUAGUGGUAAGAAAAGCCCACGACUGGCAGACGGUCGAUUCAAAAAUGAAAAAGAGGCACAAAAAGACGACAGAUAAAACCAACGGUGAAAAGAGUGACAUUGAGAAGAAAGGCUCCUCAGGGGUUACGGUGGAAACAACAGUUCCUGUGGAAGGUGCAAAAGGCGUGCUUUUGUUAGACGUUGGGUCUCUGGACGAAUCUCCGAGUGCCUCUUCAGACUCAGCACUGCAGUCCAGUAGCUGCAGCAGCAUUCAGAGUGAACCUCCUGCCAAUGCUGACAACACUGUCCUUACUGAUACACAGCAUAUUGCUGCUGGAAGACGAAAUCAUACUUCAGGGUCCUUCACUGUCUCCUCAGAACUGUCCAGCUUCUCGGAAGGCGAAACGUCUCCAACUAAAUCUGUUCCAGCUGCCGGGAUAGAGUCAGCAAUGAGCAGCAAUGCUGGCUUAAGCCACAAGGUUGAUGAGGAGAAGAAGACGAAGAGUAAGAGGAAAAGAAAAAAGAGGGGAGCCAAGAGUGGCCUACAAGACGAGGUAUUCGAGGCUCAGAAAAAUCAAGACAGCAGCCCGGAAUUGGGAAGAGCUGAAUUUGGGCCUAAAAAGGAGGAGGAGAAGGAGGGAGAGAGGGCAAGAAAAUUUGAAACAAAAAAGAAAGAAGGUGGUGCAAAAUCGAAGAAGAAAAAGAAAGGCGAUGCUAAGAGAAAGAAGCCUACUUCUAUGAGGAUACGAUUUGACAGCCUGACAAUGAGCAGCGAUGACGAGAGAGGGAUGGAUUCGCCCUGUCUCCCCCGCGUGGAGGAAGUGACAGAACCGGUGCCGGAGAGUAAGGAGGAGAGCCAAGAGAGACAGAGGCAGAGACUGGAGCACAAGAUCCUGUCCAAGAAACCGCCGGCCAUGUUUGAAACCCCUGCCACAGAGCCACUGUUUCACAAGGAUGUGUCAUUCUCUCCAGUCAUCACUCACGUGUACCCUUCAUCGAGCACUGAUGCCCUGCUGGUGAUGCCACUGUCAUCCGCCCACGGCCUUCUCUCCCUACCGCCCUCACACCCUCACCUCUCCCCAGAGGCACACCUGGACUUGCACUCCCUCCUUCUCACCUCCCUUACCGUCUCUGCUGCCAGCAGUUUCCUCUCACCGCCCACCGCAGCCACGUCAACUGGGAAACAUGGCGGACGAAGCUCAAGUCCACUCCACAGCUCAACAACCAAACUCCCAUUUCGGAUCACGGCUCUCUAUCAGACUGUACUUGACGGCCAACUCUCCGUGCUCAUUGGAGUGUCUCUACCGCAGGGGAGGAAGCGGAGUAUGAGUUACCCGAGUGUCGCCCACCAUGGUCUAAGAAAGUCGUCAAGAUCAGCUGGCGCCAUUCUCUCUCCCCUGGACACGCCGCGGAGCCCGUUUGCAUUGGAGUUGGAUGGGAUUAUCUGCCGACUUAGGCUGAAGGAUUUGCUGGGGGAUAUCAUUGAGGGUGACACAGGUGAGACCAAUCGCGAGCAAGACACAGGUGGAGAUGCAGAGAAGGUUGUCGUCUCUCAGGAAAUUCACAAUGAGCUUCGGCCCCUGCUGGACAUGUCCGCACAGGCUUUCUUUUCGGUCCACCCUGACACCGAACCCCUGGUGACACCCACUAGUUUCUACUGGCACAGUUUCUACCAGCCCUCCUGCCUCCCCACUCGCGAGGCGCUCUGCACUCCAGAGGUCGUUCAAUCCACCGUGUGUGCCCUCCCCUUCGACUCCCUCUCAAGGCCCAGUCUGGUGUUUAGUGCUCUGCACGGUGCCUACGACUUUGGCCUCAGCAUUGCAGGGUUGAGACUGGCGUACGGGGAGUCGUGCAGUCCUCUUGACCUCCCUCGUCCCUCCACCACUGAUGACACCAUCACCGACUUGUCAACAUCGCUCGUGAUGUGUCUGCGAGGUCCGGACGCCGUGAGUCGCUGUAUGGACCUCGUGGGCCCAGAGCACCACCGCCUGGCAUGUGUGACCGACCCACUUUCUCUCAUGGCCAGGUACGGCGACCCCCAUCACCAGCCUGUGCACUGCGUCCGCACGCCCUUCCGUGCCUCUGCGGCUCUUGCGAGAUGGUUUGGAGGUCGUGGCUGCCUUGACACGGGUACCGUUCUUGGCAUGACAGACCCGCGCACACGCAGCGAGCGGCGCAAGCGGCAGAGGGUGCGGUUCUCUGAGAGCGAGUUCGAGUCUGAAGACAACCUCCCUCCACUCACACCCGAUAUCACAUUCCCCCCACUGGUCCCCAGCCAGCCCCUCCUCACCGUCCUUCCUUACCAAGAGCUCCUUCUUGUCGCUUCUCCCCUCUUACCUCCCCUCUGCUAUGGCUCCAUCCUGGCCACAUGCAGUAGACUUGGGUUCGAUAAUUCGGGAGUGAAGCGAGUGAGGCUCAACUCCAAGCGUGCAGCUGCGCUGGACAUCCCAGAGCUGCUUGUCUCCCAUUUCACUCCUUCCUCUGCACCUCCGUCUCCCAACGUUGCCACCUUCUCCAACCAGCAUCCUCUUGACGCGAAGCCUCCUCUCGACAUUCCCCCACUCCCAUCCCUGCUGCUGGUCGUGUGCAGGGAGAAUGCACUGGUGCUCAGCCGUGCCCUAAAGACUGCCAUCUUUUCUGACCUAAAAUCACUGCUCUCCCUUAAUCCUCACUUGAAUGACCGCAUGUCUCUGCACCACUCACUAGGGGCUCUUGUGCACACAGUCAUUUACAGCCCGGAGAAGACAAAAGUGCUUGGGGAGUUUUCAAAUGUGGCAGUCACCUCUGUUUCAUGUCUCCCCCAGCUGGCUCCCGAGUGGGAGAAGGAAGGAGAGCGGUACAGGGAGGAGAUCGCCUUCGUUGCUGUGACACAGCCGUCUGGCCUCCCUCGAGCUGUUGACCUGCUCCAGAUCUUGUCUGGUGUGAAGGCAGAGAAGACAUUGAAUGGGGAUAGAGAGAACUCAGAGGAUCAGGAUUCAGAGAUGGGAGACGUCGGCGGCUUCGAACUGCUUGGGAUAAAACUGAUCCCCCAGCUCUCCCGCUUCCAUGCCAAACAGCUUUGCCCGGUCCACUCGACAGAUAAUUCCUAUCAAGAAGCAAUAGAGGUGCUUUCCAACAGCCCGGCCCUUGUCAUGGUGCUCCGCGGCAUUUCCUGCAACAGACAUCUCCAGCAGUUGCUCACACCAGCUCACCCGACUCGCAGCGUGUUGUCCCACCGUUCUCUCUCCCACCUCUCCCUCCUCACUUCUGACACACUCCCCCGAGCCUUCCACUAUACAACGCUGUUCUUCGUCGACAAGGAACUGUUUUGUGACCCCCACAGCUGGCCCCUGCUUAGUGCCGUGCCUUCCGCCUGGGCUCGUGCCGAUGUCCUCAAUGACCUCCAGCAGCCACCGCGGUCCCUCUACUCUGUGCUAGUGGUGAGGGGUGAGGAGUGGAGGCUGCUGGUGAAGGCGGUGGACAGACUCCACAGAACAGGGUUCAAGGUGACCGGACUCACCAUGAGGCAGCAGGAAACUGGAGAGGAUGCUGUUACUCCUACGAACUCUACCACUAGUAAGGGUCCAGAGGUGGCUGUGUGUGUGUCGAGACCAAAUGCAGUAUGGUACUUGAACCACGAGAUGAAGCCUUUCCUGUCCUCCGCACACAAUCGCAACAAACUGCACUGUCCAUCUGCAUUCUCUGAUGCGGUGUCUAUGGUGAAGCAGUACUUCCCCAGAGGGUUGUGCUCAAAAGUUGAAACCUCUGACUAUGGAGUCAAAUCAGGAUUAACGGAUGAAUUCUCUGGGCUAAGACAUGUGCCACCCCCUCCUCCUACGAGCUCACUCAUCACAGAGAUCACGUGUCUGAUCCUUCCACCCCCCACCUCUCCCCUACCCCCACUCACCCCACACCCCACUACCUACAGCUGCUUGAACUGGCAACUCAGGCGGGCUUCUCCGUCACUGGCAUUCAACUCACUCACCUCUCACACAGCUCGGUCGCUGCUCUGGAAACACUCGGUGUGGACAGUAAGGGUCUGGCAUCUGGGCCUUGUCUGAUAUUGGGCCUUCUGCGAGACAACGCCGUCUCCUGCUUCCACUACAUUCUCAAGAGUGCUGCAGCCCAGCAAUCCUCAGUGAGAGGCGUGGGUAGUACUGGUGUGGAUGUGGAGGAGCUGCUGAGUGGAGCAGUUGUCCCUGACACCCCCAGGACAGCUGCAGCCAUCAUGGCCGUUCUCUUCAAAGAAGAGUAGCUUCCAUCUCCUAUAUAGUCAUCUGGUGAUUAUCUAUCACAGACUCCCAAGUUGUAUGUUUGUACAGUCAUGUAUUAGUCUACAGUCAGUUGUCUGUCCCUUCAUUAUCAUCUUCGUGUAAGAUUGUAUAUACAGUUUUAAAAAUAAAUCACUGGUGAUAUAGAAGUAAAUAUUGGCGUAGUGCUCAUUCAAGUUAUGCUUUUUUCUGCAUUACAUAAUGUUUAACACUGCGUCAGGCACCCUAGUGCAGAAUCACCAUCAUUUUGUCUACAUUAUUUUGUUACAGCAACUUCAAGCAUCAGUUGUAGAAGCCUGAAACGUGGACUGACAUACUGCAUGCCAACGCUCAACAAAUCAGUUGUUAAAAAUAAUUUAGCUACCAUGAUCGGUGGUUAAGUAAGAGGAAAACGCUGACUGCAGUGGAAUAAUUUAACUUCUAAUGAGAGACAAGUCUCCUAGUAGGGGAAGAAAGAGCAGGGGUUACAGCUCCCCUCGUGGAGUGCCCCGUGUAGGUGACGUAGGUAGAGCAUCUGUAGGUACAGUGGAGGGGG